AGCAACUGGUCUCUCGGACAACCACGAUGUUUGCUGCAAGCAAGGUGAUACUGGCCAUUGGCCUGGCGGUCAGUGCUGUCUGCCAGACGACCGCGACGGCCUCGCGCAACCUCACAUCGACCAACGCGGCUGCGUACAUGGCCACCACGUACAGCGCCAUGCACUCCACCGCGUACCCGCUCACCGACAGCGAGACCCUGGACACCACCGCGCUGGAGGAGGCCAUCGAUGCCGACAUGGAGCUCAUCGCGCAAAGCUUCACACACGUGCGGACGUUCUACUCGCAGUUCUACGGCGUGGGCGUGGCUCAGUACGCUGCUGCACACGGCAUCAAGCUGCACCUGGGUGUCUACAUGACCGACGAGUCGUGGCAGCAGGAGCAGAUCGACAGUGCGGUGGCUGCUGUACAGGACUACCCCGGCACGGUCGAGGCCAUCCUGAUCGGCAACGAGAACAUGUACACCGGUACCACCGCCUCGGAGAUCAUCGCCAUCGCCACCUCCAUCAAGGAGACGCUCGGUAGCGCUGCGGACGGCAUCCUAUUCGGCACGGUGCAGCGUUCGACUGAGUACCUUGACUCGAGCUACGACGACCAGAUCAAUCAACUGUCCGAGAGCCUCGACAUCCUCGGAGUCAACAUCUACCCGUACUUCGACAACAGCUACGACUCGAGCGAGCCCACGGCUCUGCUGGACUCGGUCUGGGACGCCAUUGCCGCCAAGUACUCGGUCUCGAAGAUGCUGUUGUGCGAGACGGGCUUCCCCACGGCGGGUGACCCGUCGACGCUGUCGCCCGAUGUGACCCCAUCGCUCGACUCGUCGGUCCAGUACUUUGAAGCAGUGGUCUCCUGGGUCCCCACGGGCGCGGAGACGUCUCUGAAAUUCUGGUUCGACUUCUUCGACCGCCGUUCCGACGAUACGUCAGUGGACGUGGAGCUGGAGAGGCACUUUGGCAUCUACACGUACGACAGCCAGCUCAAGAGCGAAGACUACCUCACGGCUCUGAAUGGCGCGAGCGCUGUGACGUCCAGCUCAAGCUCGACCACGGCAACUUCCACGACGGCUAGCUCCACUUCGACCCAGACCCACUCAGCUUCGACCCAGACGCAGACCCAGACUCAGUCCUCGGAAUCCACGACUGGCACGACGGCGCCCACCUCAACUACGGCGACCCAGUCUUCGGGAUCAGCAACUAUUACGACGGCACCUGCCUCAAUUGCUGCGGCAACGACCUCUUCUUUCUCUGCUACAACUGUCAACACAAGCACGAGCGCUCCUACCGCAACAACAGCUACCCCUGCGGUGACCACGGCAACUCCUACCGCUACUACUGCAGCCACCACGUCGGCGUCUACCGUCGCAUCGCGCGAUAGCUGUUAAUUAUCGCGGCCAUGAAAGGACCCACCAAUUUUGCGUAAACCCAAUUCGGACGGCGACGAUAACAUGAGCGCUCGCUAUCGUGACGUAGCUAAAGGUGAAAUAUUCGUACCAAUACACUUUUUGCGAACUGAGCCCGAU